AUGCGCUUCGUGUAUCUUCUUGCGGGUUUAAGUCUCUUGCUCUGGCUAAAUGUAACUAAAUGGAUUGGCAGAGGACAUUUAUUUCUACCUGAAGAGUGGGUAUUCCCUUCCGAUUCACCAUCUCGGAAGCUCAGAACCAGGACGGUACAUUCGUUCAAACUGACCUCGAAUUUAAGUCUCUCGGAUAAAAUCCAGAAAUUAAAGAAGGCUCUUGAAUAUGUCAAUCGGCUAAAUGCGACGAACUGCGAGAAUGGAACAGCUGACACUUUGGCCUUACGCCUUGACCCUACCAUCUGGAACACUUAUGCCAAUGUUGCUGUGAAGACAGCCAAUUUCUUAAGCAAGUAUCUCCAGUUAAACACAGUCAAUGGUAGUCUUCUCUCUGACUGGAGUGAAUCGACGCAGCAGCCCGAAUCAAAGAGAGACAUCUGCAGUAACCUAACAUGGCCCCAGUUACAACGACAAUUUACCUUAAGAGAACAAGAAAACACAAAUAUCAGUGGGACAAGUGUAAAUAGAAGUCGUCCUCACUCGAUCGGUGACGUGAAUAUACAUAUGUUACUGUAUUUACUUGUACAAAACAAUAUCGACACUGAUUCGCCUGUAAUUUUUGGAUCAGCAGUAGCCUUCGAACCGUACGUAAUCCCUUGCCUUGAGAAAUAUAGUCCGUAUGCUCAUAAAAUGCAAAAGAAUGGCGUUUACGUCGGGGACUUAGCUUCAAAAUACAACUACUUAGAUAGUAGUGUACAGUGGUAUUUUCCGGUCAAGGCUAAAGUGGUGCAGAGACGGAUCAAAACAAAAAGGAUUAAAUAUGGACAGAUGGACAUUGACUACCGGCCAGUUAAUUAUACAUAUGCCGAAGUCAGCUUAGACGAUGGACAUUGGACAAAUCCGUACUUCGACUGCGGAGGAGGUAAUGCAUGGAUGGUUACCUUUUCUUCUCCAAUUUUAUGGAUAAGCCCAAACAACACCAUUUCUUUUAGAGGUGUAGCAACCAUCGACAUUCAUUUAACGAAUAUUGACAUCAACCAAUGCGAUGACGAAAACUACGAAGGUGUUAAUACACAUGAUGAAGUGAAAAAUAUUGGAGAUAUUUUUCGAGGCACCCACAGUUGCCAAGCGACGACAAAGUGCGUCCAUAUUCCAAAGUACGGUUUCCGACGGGGCUCCUAUCGCUGUGUAUGUAAAGACGGUUACUACUUCCCAGUGAAGCAAGUUAAAUCUCGCUAUUUCAACGGUUCUGAAGUUGAAGAUUACUAUGCCGGUAAACAGCAUAACAGGACAAGCCGUUUGAAUAUCUUCCGCUGCCUGCCGUGCGCCCGUCUCUGUGAAACAUGCACUGAUUCGACACCUUGUAUGUAUCAGAAGAAUAGUGUAGUACGGCUGACCAUCAUAACACUGUCUUCAUUAUCGCUGAUCAUUGUGAUGAUGCUAGCCGCUGUCGUAUGCUACAUACGUCAACAGUUGGUUAUCAAAUCAGCCAGUCCUAUUUUCCUUCUGACGAUGUGCCUUGGAGCCGGUAUAAUGUCCUUUGAGAUUUUCAUUCUCUAUUUGGAACCAACUAAUCUCCUCUGUCAGUUGGCUUUAUGGCCCAAACACCUUGGUUUCGUGAUCAUGUACGGAUCUCUCGUUCUGAAAACUUGGCGUAUCUCGGUCAUUUUUAAAGUUGGUAAAUUGAAACGAGUCAAACUUCCUGACAAGAUCCUCUUGCAACGUCUCAUGCCGAUGAUUGCGAUCACGGUUGCCAGCCUGGCUGCCUGUACCAUCAAGAAUCCUUCCCAGGCAAUGUUGUUAAUGUCUUCAAAUUCGCUGAAAUAUAUCAACUGUUCAACCAACAUUUGGAACUAUGUUUUCUAUGCAACUGAAUGCCUCAUAUUGCUCUAUGGCGUUUACCUCUGCUUCACAAUCAGAAAAGUGCCCGCCUUUUUCAACGAAAGUCGAUAUAUCACGUGGUCAACAUACAACGCUCUCAUCUUCGGUUCAUUUCUUAACAUCUUCACACAAUUUGUGAAAAUUUCUGUCGGACCUGACAUCAGCUAUGUUUUGAAAUUUUUAUCGAUCCAAAUCUCCGGUACAGUAACAGUUGCACUGAUAUUCCUACCAAAGUUUUAUGCGUUAUAUAAAAUGAGAAUUGGACAGGUGACCAACUUGGAAUCAAUACGAACUAUCACUGGGAGAGUUCUGCGUCAUAACAUUCUUGAAAUAGACUUACAAGAUAAGUCUUCUCAAACCUAUGAUAAUCAAUCAGACAAACAAUGUCAGUGUACAUUAACCUGGGAAGAAGAAACAAGCCCUAACCCUGGCAUCAGCUCAUCCUGCCAAAUAAUCUGGCCUGCAGAAGAGAAAGAAAAAACUACGUCAGUCACUUCUUUGAAAAAAUUCCAUGGCUGGAGACCACGAAAGAAAAACAAAGUAUCAUCAGUGUCAUUAAAAGAAACAGUUAUUGCAGAAUCAAGCAACUCAACUAUAUCUAUCAAACUCCCUGUCUUCCCAUUAAACUUGCAUCUGCCUGUCUUCCAGCUGCACUCGCAUCUGCUUGUCUUUGCUGCACCUUAUGUCUUCUUCCUGCUGCACUUGCAAUCUGCCUUUCUUCCUAUAAUAUUCGCAUGGAAAUGUUUUAAAUGUUCGUUUGCAUCAAUCUUUUUUUCCAAUUGUAACGUAUCACUCUUUUCACAUUGCAUUCAUGAUCUAUCUCUCUUCACAUUGCAUUCCUUGAUAUCUCUCUUGAAUAUUCAAAUCUAUUACUCUGCAGUUGCAUUCCCCAAAAUCUUCUGCAGAUUGCAUUCAUAUCUAUCUCUCUUCUAA